AAAAUUAAACUGUUCCUUCUAAGUUCGUUUCCUCAUUAUCUGUAGCAGCUUCCCAAAAUUUGCCUCUUAAAUUAAUUGCCGGACUCGUGUGAUAUCAUGGCUCUGACAUGUUUUGGUAACGUGUUCAUCUCAAUAUUAAUUUUGAGUAUUGCGUCUUCUCUUCAAUUUGUGAGUGCCUCAUCCAUGGAAUUCCAAGUUGGUGACACUACUGGUUGGACAGUUCCUCCCGACAAUGACACCAUUUUUUACAACAACUGGGCUUCCGCUAUGAGGUUCAAAAUCGGCGACACUAUCCGUUUCAAGUACAAGAAGGAUUCAGUGAUGGAGGUGACGGAUAAAGAGUACAAGAAAUGCAACUCAACGCAGCCCCAUUUCUUUUCCAACACUGGGAACACGAUGUUCACGUUGGAGCAUUCUGGCUAUUUCUAUUUCAUGAGUGGAGCAGCGGGACAUUGUGAGCGAGGACAACGAAUGAUCGUAAGGGUUAUGGUCCAGGAUGUGAUCAAUGAUGAAGCUACUUCUGAUGCAGCAUUCUCAUUGCCAAUCUUUCAACAACUUUGCGCUCUUCACCUUCUCUUCUUUCUUUUCGUUGCACUUGUCUACUAGCUUAGCUACAUCUUUAAUUUAAACAAUUUGUUGAUGUUUUCUCGCACUAGUUUAAUUUAGUAGUUGUUAAUUGUACAUUGUUUUUCUUCUGAAUAGACAUACUUCGUUGAAAUUGUUUA